UUGUAAAAUAAAAUGCCGUCGCCUAUUCCAAUUCACCGAAUUUUACCGGAAGGGUUUCCUCCUACCAUUACUCUGCGACCUUGUAGCAGUCCCAAUCAGCUCCAAAGAGGGGGGCAACACUUCGCUUUCGUCAAGCAGACUAAGGAAUUGACGCAACGCCCUUGGUAUACGGUCAUCUGGGAUGAACUAAAGCUAUUCGACCUUCUCGGCUCGGGAGGUUUCGGCUGGGUUUAUAAAGGCACUUACUACGGCAAAACUGUCGCAAUAAAGAAGGUAAGGAAGUGUACUAAGAACAAGCUGGCUGCUCGGCAGAGUUUCUGGGCAGAGUUGAAUGUGGCGCACCUGGUGCAUGAGAACAUUGUGAAAGUUGUAGCAGCCACCACGUCUGUCCCCGCGAGUCCGCAGGCUGAGGACAGUGUGGGAAUCAUCAUCAUGGAAUAUGCAGGAGGAACAAGCCUUGACCAUCGGAUUUAUAACUGUGCUGACUCGCUGGACGUCGAGGAGUGCUUGAGGUUUUCGAGUGACAUUGCAAGCGGUCUGGGUUUCCUCCACUCGCACAGCAUCGCCCAUCUCGAUCUGAAGCCAGCCAACGUACUCCUCACGGAGUCGGGACGCUGUAAAAUUGGGGAUUUUGGAUGUUCUCACAAGCUGGCGGCGGGCAAUGACUUGAGUCCCAAUGGCCAAUUACGGCAUCUAGGAGGUACCUACACCCACCGGGCGCCAGAACUGUUGAGAGGCUGUAGCACCACUCUAAAGGCGGACAUUUACUCCUUCGCGAUCACGCUCUGGCAGAUGGUGAGCAGAGACCACCCCUUUUCUGGCGAUCGCCAGUGUGUAAUGUAUGCGGUGGUGGCUUACAACCUGCGCCCGCCCUUUUCGCCUGUUUUCAACAAAACUUUGAUGGGCCGGAAGAUUCGGUCAGUCAUCGAUCACUGUUGGGCAGUUGAACCAAUUGAUAGACCAAGUGCGGAACAAUUAUUAGAAACUAUUAAUAACUUGAAGUCUCUACUAUAGCAGAGAAAAUCUAAUUUUUAGAAAGUGUAAUUAAAAAAAAACAAUGUUUUUAUGUUGUCGACUACGGUGUGAACAAAACUGGCUGUUUAAAUAAAGAGUA